AAAAAAAAUGUCCAGCGUUUGGCUCUUACAUACUCUGCAGAAUGUUGAGGACUCUGAAUAAACUCAUUCUUCACUGCAUCAUUUAAUGGGCCAUUUUCCACUUGUUAAAAUGAUACAGUUAUGCUGCUUGAGUGGUUUUUUCAUGCUUUAUUGACUCACUAGUCUGUCAGUGAAUUCAAAGGCACACUUGGAGGACUGCCUGUAAGUGGCUGGCAUUGGCAGUAAGGGACCCAGGUGACUUCCGCAUGCAUGACUUGGAAGGGGGGUAGAGAGGGCAAAGUCUCCAGUGCAAAGUCAACAGACGGCCACAGACUCAAGAUGAAGGACUUGGUCAGUAGCUGCACUUACAACUUGCUGUACCAGGACCUGAAAAGGUUUUCCAAGAAUGGAGAAUAUUUCUGCAAAGAGCUGAUGACAGUGUUUCAGCAAAGGUCUGAGUUAGAGAUUAACUAUGCGAAAGGAAUGCAGAAGCUAGCUGGCAAACUAAUCAAAGCCUCUAAAGAGAUGGCCAACAAUAGCACAACAUACCAUGCAUGGUCUCAGAUCUCCAAUGAAAUGUUCUCCACCGCAGACAUACACAGAACUCUAGGGAAUGCUCUUCAACAAGAUGCCAUUCUGGAAAUUCGCCAAAUACUUGAUGAACACACCAAAAGGAAGAGGCCCCUUGACGGUGCCAUAGACAAAACUGGGAAACUUGUCAUCACAAACUGCAAUGAACAGCUAAAAGUGAAAAAGAAGCUGAUGGCUCUAACGCGGGAACAUGAGGCUCUGUUCAGCUUUGUGGAGAACAGUAAGCAGAUAAGCACAGAGAAGGAAAAACAAAAGAUGCUCAACAGACUGACGAAAUCGGCAGAGCUGCAGGCCAAAGUUGACGAGGAGUACUUUAACAUCAACAUGGAGGGCCACCAGAUGCGUCUGAAGUGGGAGAACACACUCAAAAACUGCUACCAUAUAAUUCAGGAGCUUGAGAAACAACGGAUAGAAAUUCUUAGCAACAUCUUAAACAAGUAUGGCCUCCACAUGUCCAGCUUUGGACAGACUCUACUGCAUUGUCAAAAGCAAAUUGAGCAAGCCACCAGGACCGUGGACAUGGAGAAGGACCUGCAGAGCUUGGUAGACAAAACAAGCGUUACUGCAGAGGACAACAAAGCCGAGUUUUUGAUGGCAGACUAUUUUGAGGAAGAUAGUAAGACUGUGAUGGGACGAGAGAGGCGUAAAGAUGCGAUGAAGACCAAACUGCAGCGACUAGAAGACUACAUGGCAAAGACAGAGAAAGACCGUGAAGGUCUGGAGAAAAUGGUGAAGACCUACACUGAGAACCCAUCAUUUUCUAACAAAAAAAACUUGGAGGAAACAGAGCAGCUACUUGAUGAAAUCACAUUGAAACUGGACCUUUUAGUAGCGACACACUGUAAGCUGUCUGUAACAGUGGCUGAAAUUGAGGGAAAACCCAAGUCACAGCACAAGUUCAGCAACAGCAUCACAAAAUGGAAGGAUAAGGACUAUGAGCACAGCGUUGUGCAGUUGUCUCGUCCUGUGAGGAUCAAAACCACAUCACUUCGGUCACGGCAGUCUCUGAGGAAAUCCAUGAUUUAUAAGGGUCCAGCUAAAAGUGUGCUGCCACAGGAGUCCGAAUCCACCUCUGGCCGGGGCGAGCCAGAACCCCUCACACCAACCCAGGAGAGCGGACUUCAGCCCAGCAGGGCGCUCAAUGGAGGCACCAGGUCUGACGAGGAGAUUACGGAAGGAGAACCUCACAGUCUGGGUAAAUGCAGAGCACUGUAUGACUUCACCUCAGAUAGAGAAGAUGAGCUGAACAUGAUGGAAGGGGAUCUUCUUGACAUUUUUCAGAGGGAUGGCAAUGACUGGUGGUACGGGGCCUUAAAUGGACAGAGGGGUCAUUUCCCAGCAACCUACGUGGAGGAGCUUCUUGUGUUAAAUGAUGACAAGACUUCUGAUGCAUAGUACAGGCACAAAGGGGAGGGAGAUGCCAUUUUUACCAAUGUCCUUGUCAUAUCCUAAAUACAGAUAUGACAAGAAUACAGACAAAUACACACUGAUUAAUUAACACAUUAUUACAUUCAAUACC